UAUAUCAUCGGCUUUUGCCCAAAGUCUCUCUCUAAACUCAUCCUCUCUGUGGUCUGUAAGAGAGAGAGGAGGAAGAAUCGGAGAUGGUAUCCACAAGACGAAGUGGAUCUCUCCCAGCGAACAGUAACAAUAAGAGAUCGUCUUCUUCAGAGGAUAAACCUUCAUCACCUAAGAGGCAAAAGGUUGAAAACGGAAGUGCAACAGAGAAAUCGGUGGCGGAGAAUUCCAAAGAACCGGAUCCAUCUGAAUGCAGAGAUGUUGCUACGGCGAACGGUGACGGUGAUGUUGACAGUACUGCGAAAACUGAUACUGGUGCGGCAGUCAAUGGUAAGACGCCGAUCGUUGAAGCACAAACUCCUCUGGAUAAACUGAGGAGUUCAUUUUCUCCAUGGAGUUCUUAUCAAAAGCAGAAUACAGCAUUUGAAACAACGAGUCCUUGGUGUAGGCUUUUAUCGCAGUAUGCUCAGAAUCAAAAUGUAUCAAUUUGCACUUCACAUUUCACUAUCGGUUCAAACAGACAGAGCAGCCUUGUUUUGAAAGAUCACAACAGUUAUAGUGGGUUUCUAUGUGCAAUCAAACAUGCACAGAGAGAAGGUGUUUCUGUUGCUGUCUUGGAAAGCAAGGGAAACAAGGGAUCUGUGCAAGUAAAUGGCAAGACAGUUAAGAAGAACACUAGCUGGAUUAUUCGGUCAGGAGAUGAGAUUGUCUUUGGUUUGCCAGGGAACCAUUCUUAUAUCUUCCAUCAAGUUUCUAGUGAUGUUCCUCUUAAGACCCCUUCAUCAAUUGGGAAUGCUGAUAUUCAAAGUAGCAUGGGGAAAUAUUUAAAUAUUGAAAGAAGAGCUGGGGAUGCUUCUGCUGUGGCUGGAGCUUCUAUUUUGGCAUCCCUUUCUAGCUUAAGGCAAGAUUUAUCACGCCUGAAGCCCACUGCUCAGUCUGGUGCUAAGACACAUCAGGGAAAUGACAUGCUGCCGCCACUUCCUAUAGGACAUGACAACAUGGAGAUUGAGCUUGAUAGCCUAGAAGUGAAUUCAUCUACAAAUGUUGGAGUUGACAAAGUUACCGAUGUUUGUGCUACGAGCAAAGUUAUCUCCCUAGAAACCAACCUCGACUCCGGUGCAGAGGCAGGCAAUGUAUUUGAAGAAAGAAAUCAAUGGACCAGGGAUUCAUUGUCUGCAUCAACCUCAGGUUCUAUAAGAUGUGCAGCUUUUAAAGAAGAUAUUCAUGCAGGGAUUCUUGAGGGAAAAGACAUAGAUGUUUCAUUUGACAACUUUCCAUAUUACUUGAGUGACAACACAAAAAAUGUGCUGAUUGCAGCUUCAUAUAUUCACUUAAAAAAUCGAGAACAUGCCAAGUAUACAUCUGAACUUCCUACAGUGAACCCGCGCGUCUUGCUGACUGGCCCUUCAGGGUCUGAGAUAUACCAGGAGACUUUGGCGAAGGCACUUGCUCGAUAUUUUGGGGCUAAACUGUUUCUAUUUGAUAGAGACUCUUUUCUGGGUGGUCAAUCUUCAAAGGAACCUGAGUUGUUGAAGGAGAACUAUAAUGCCAAAAAGUCUUCCAAUGUUCCUAAACUAAAUACUGGAGUUUCUGAUGCAACAAAGGGCAUAGGCUCAUCUGUUGCUAAAGCUGAUAUGCUCAGCUCUGUUCAUCCUUUUGGCUUGGAAUCACAACCGAAGUUGGAGCAUGAAAAUAUGCCAUCUUCUUCUGGGGCAGCCAGGGGCUCCUUAUUUAAAGCUGGUGAUAGAGUGAGGUAUCUGGGUUCUUCCAAUUUUUAUACUUCUUCUACCUCAAGGGGUCCAACUGCUGGGCUGCGAGGAAAGGUUCUGUUGCCUUUUGAAGAUAAUCCACUUUCAAAAAUUGGUGUAAGAUUUGAUAAACCCAUACCAGAAGGAGUUGACCUAGGGGGUCUUUGUGAAGUUGGCUAUGGAUAUUUUUGUAAUGGCAGUGAUCUUCGUUUUGAAGUACCAGGUUCAGAUGAUCUGGACAAGUUACUUGUCAACACUUUAUUUGAGGCUGUAGUUAGUGAAAGCAGAACCACCCCCUUCAUUUUGUUUGUAAAAGAUGCUGAAAAGUCCAUUAUAGGAAUUUCAGAGUCAUACUCAACCUUUAAAAGCAAGCUUGAGAAGCUACCUGAUAAUGUCAUCAUUAUUGGUUCUCACACACAGGCUGACAGUCGCAAGGAGAAGUCACAUCCAGGGGGUCUGCUUUUCACAAAAUUUGGCAGCAAUCAAACCGCUCUUCUUGACUUAGCUUUCCCGGAUAGUUUUGGCAGAUUGCAUGACAGAGGGAAGGAGAUACCCAAAACAACGAAACUACUGACAAAGCUAUUUCCCAAUAAAAUAACCAUCUUAAUGCCUCAGGAUGAGGCACUUUGCCUUAGCUUGAAAAAUCAAUUGGAUCAAGAUGCUGAGACCCUGAAGAUGAAGGGAAAUUUGAGUUAUCUGCGCACUGUGCUCAGCAAGAGUGGGUUUGAAUGUGAUGAACUUGAGACACUGUGUAUCAAAGAUCAAACACUUACAAAUGAAAGUGCUGAAAAGGUUGUUGGAUGGGCUCUGAGCAACCAUUUAAUGCAGAAUCCAGAAGCAGAGCCUAGUUGCAGGUUUGCCCUGUCAAGUGACAGCAUUCAGUAUGGCAUUGAUAUGCUCCAGGCUAUCCAGAAUGAAUCCAAGAGCUCGAAGAAAUCACUUAAGGAUGUUGCGACGGACAAUGAAUUUGAGAAAAGGCUUUUAGUUGAUGUUAUCCCACCGAGUGAUAUUGGAGUGACAUUUGAUGAUAUUGGAGCUCUUGAAAACGUCAAGGAUACGUUAAAGGAGUUGGUCAUGCUUCCAUUGCAAAGGCCCGAGCUUUUCUGCAAGGGUCAAUUAACAAAGCCGUGCAAGGGUAUUCUUUUGUUUGGCCCUCCCGGAACAGGAAAAACCAUGCUCGCAAAGGCUGUGGCUACUGAAGCUGGUGCCAACUUCAUUAAUAUUUCUAUGUCAAGCAUUACCUCUAAGUGGUUUGGUGAGGGAGAAAAAUAUGUUAAAGCUGUCUUCUCACUUGCUAGUAAAAUCGCUCCUAGUGUCAUUUUUGUUGACGAAGUUGAUAGCAUGUUGGGGAGGAGGGAAAACCCUGGAGAACAUGAAGCCAUGCGAAAGAUGAAAAACGAAUUCAUGGUGAACUGGGAUGGACUGAGAACUAAAGAUACAGAGAGAAUACUGGUACUUGCCGCCACAAACAGGCCAUUUGACCUUGACGAAGCUGUCAUUAGGAGGCUGCCACGCAGGUUGAUGGUCAAUCUACCAGAUGCUCCAAACAGGUUAAAGAUCCUUAAAGUGAUUUUAGCAAAGGAGGACAUGUCUCCAGAAGUUGAUAUGGAUGCCAUUGCAUGUAUGACCGAUGGCUACUCUGGAAGUGACCUUAAAAACCUUUGUGUGACUGCUGCUCAUCGUCCUAUCAGAGAGAUUCUAGAGAAGGAAAAGAAGGAAUGUACUGCCGCACUAGCGGAAGGUAAACCGGCUCCAACAUUGAGUGUGAGCGCUGACAUUCGACCUCUAAACACAGAUGAUUUCAGACAUGCUCAUGAACAGGUAUGUGCUAGCGUUUCUUCUGAGUCGGUGAAUAUGACCGAGCUACAGCAAUGGAAUGAACUUUAUGGCGAAGGAGGAUCGAGGCGAAGAAAACCUCUAAGCUACUUCAUGUGAAAGUUCUCAACUGUACAAAUAUCAUGCUUAGAAGUUGCCUAAAUCAAGUAACUGCUUUCUCUUCAGUCUUCACUAGGCUUCUUGAUCCGAAGCCAUUUUGCUCGUAUGAUGAAGAAUAGGUUCUCUAAAGGCGGUGGGUGUAACCUAGCAAUGGCUACUGUCGCCUUUCCCUUUUCCGGGUGUAAAAGAGGUUUUUUUAUUUUUUUACUUUUCUUAAUCUUUCGAUGGAGGGGCAAUUAAGAAACAUCGGAAGAAGCUGUGCAUAACGUGUGUAAUCUAUUAUUAUUGUAUGGUUGUCGGUGUUGUAAGUGCUGUGAAAUAAGCGAUGUUGCAUGUUUUGCCUUUUGUAUUUUUGCUAGUCUUUACUACAUAGCUUAAACACUACUUUGUU